AUCACAUGAUUGACUCAAAAUGGCCGCCGCCAUGGCCAAGUUACGAGUCUUUGAGUAGUUUUGAGUAAACCAAGGGGCCGACGUUCGUGUCGCCAACCUUUUAAGUAGUACUCCGAUCACGUAAAGACUCCGUGGCGCUGCAGACAUGGAGACAGGGAGGAGCAGUGACGGGAAGUUCUCCCACCCGUUCGGUCGGGAGGAAGAAGUAGCGGUCAGUCAGCUGUUCGUCUGCUUCUGUAACAACGUCUCACUCGGUCAGUGGGAACUGGCGCGAGCCUGCGUGGACCAGCUGCACACGCACAGGGAGAAAACUCCGUGUAACAUCCAACAUAUUCUCAAGGCCAUUGCAGAUCAUCCUUAUGAUCUAAGGUGUGGUGGUAUGUCUGUUCCCACACCCCAUCACCUGUCCUGGAUGUGUAUUACAGAAUUUGAAGGGCUACAAACUCAGGAACAACUUCCAACAGACAUCUAUCAGGACACAGAGUUUCGACUUUUGAUAUUUGAGGCUGGGAAGGGAGCAAGUGACAAUAUCUUGCAGGAAAUAUACAGGUUUCACUGUUGUGCCAUCACUAAGAGAGACAGCAGCCGGGAACACCAGCUUGCUACCCUGACAGGCCUGAGUACUGAGGCUCUGUCCUUCCUUAAGGGUGUUCUCCAACAGAAACCUGCUCUGGGACAUGCCAUUCUAGCACACCUCACUGUGGCAGAGGACAGGGAGAUGUACCUGCAACACAACCAAGCCUUACAGAAACUGUAUAUAGACUGUAUAUUUGAAGAUCUCGAAACUUUGAAGAACAUGAAAGAAGAUGAAGAUCAUAUAGAAAGAUCACGUGACAUUUGUAGACACCUUUAUGACAUACUUGCUCUGAUGAACCCUUCAAGAGACAUGGUGGACCUGAAACUUCAGGACCUGUUCACUGAGCUGCUCAGCUCUGUAAGCAGAGACCAGCUAUGUCUGAAACUUAGUGCAAUAAACUCCUGUCUCCUGGGGAGGCAAGACUCAUUCCUGUUGGAGGAACUAGCUGCUGUUGAAAAUGAAAUGAGGCUAAGGACUAGUAGACAAAGAUAUGUUGAGAGAGUGAGUGUGUCGGGAGAGUCUGCUAAAGAUGAGACUGAUGACCAAGCUGUCACCAUGGCUAUGAUGAUGGGGGACGACAGGAGGGCUGUAUGGCAGAACUUGUUCUUCAGGUGUCUCCAGGGCCAGAGACACAUCCUGGAAGAUGUUGUGGAUACGGCAGUGAAUCUUGCAAAAGCUGGUCAGUUUGAUGAGCUGGCUACCCUGUUGGCACCAGCAGAGUUCCAUCCACUGUGCCCCCUGGUCCUGCUCCUUGGGUUGAACCACUGCUACGGCUGCAACAACAUCUCCAGACUCAUGGACGGGCUGUGGAACAGUCAGGACCUGAGUGAGCAGAGUGAGAUGAUGAAGAGCCAGCCUGUACUGUCCCAGGCUUGUAGGAACCUGGCUUAUCAAGUACAGCUGGUGCAAUGGUGCCUGGACAAAACCAGGCCCCUGGUGAUUGAGAGUGGAGCCCCCAUCACCCACCACGACAGAGCCAGUCAGCUGUUCCAGGGUCUGGAGUCUCACUCCGUCCUGUUCAUGCUGCACCAGGCCACCAGUCUGGCCAGUCUCAACCAGCAGGAGGUGCUGGACCUGCUGCACAAGCAGCCGUCACUGCCGACAGGAGAAAACUCUUCCAAGAAGAUAGUGAGGUUUGCACCUGUGGAUGAUGACAGUGCUGAGGACAUCUCCCUUUCUGAAGGUCCACAAAGUCUGCAGCAACAGAGGGACAUUUCCAUAUACAGGGGUUACUGUGCCAUAAGAUGUUUCAUGGAUGCCAUCCUGCAUGGCCAGGACCUGGGGAUGAAAGCCAGGGCCAGCAGCAGUGUAUCUGCAGGAAGUCACAACAGCAACACCCAACCUGCUGCACAGAUGGAGGAGAUGUAUGCCAAACAUGUCACAAAGAACCUGGAGGUGGGGAAGGACCACCUGUCCCAGAUCCAACCCCUGACCUUCCGUGCUGAGGUUCUGGAGAAUAUCUUCUCCCUGCUGUUUGUCACCCAUGAUGACCUGCUUGAUGACAGGUCAGUUCUGUCGGACAGUGGAGGGGAGGAGGGGCAGUAUGAACUGGACAGGACAAACCGUGGGUCCAGAAGGGAGUCUCUGCUCAGCUGUCCUCCCUCCCUAGACAGCAGUAUGGAGAUGGUAUCUAGCACGGAGGUGUACAGAGUGCUAACAGAGACUAAUACCACAUGGAAGCCAAAUGUACAGGGAACAGUGUUAGAUGCCAUACUCCCAGCAAGUGAGGGGAUAGCUAUAGGAAAAGAAGCCACAGUCCCUGGAAGUAAGGAAGAAGCUACAGGUAAAGAAGAACCCACCACAAAAACAAAGAGGAAAAAGGUCAACAACAAGGACCAUCAUCCUAGUUUGUCAGACAUUGCAGAACCAGCUAGUGAGGAUAAAAACGGCCUGUCAGGACACAGCAGUGGGAGGAGUGGGGACGGCUGGACCCGGGAGGUUCCCAGGCUGGGGUUCCUCAUGGAUGAAUGUUUGGUACGGGACGUCCUAGCCGUGCUGAAGGAAUGCUUCCUCAAUCUUAAGUCUGCCAAGUUUGCCAAGCUAGGGCAGGGCCAGAACAUAGAAGAUGAGGACCUCCUGAAGUGUGUGUCCUCCUCCAUCACAGAGAGCUCCCUGCAGCAAAGGAUCUCCAGGCUGGACCAGUGCAUUAAUGAGGCUCAGUGGCGCUUCCAGCUGGUGGUACCAGAAUAUGUCCCUAAACAGCCAGGCCUGAUUGCUGUAGGAACCAGAGACACAGCUGACACUAGCAGUGGUGAUGAGAUGGGGAGUUACUACAGCAAGUGGGAACAAGACAAAAGAGGAAGAAGACAAAGAAAGAAACAAGGGUCUUCAACUAGCAGAAGCAGGAGUGAGACAGCUACUUCUCAAGGAACUGGGGCAGAAAGUGAGAGGUCGUUGCCAGGCAGUGAACAGGUGACGGGCACACAGACUGGUACUGCAACCGAUGACAGUGACAAGGGUAGACGUCGCAGAAGGAGGAACCACAGUGCUCGAUGUAGCUCAGCAACCAGUUCCAUUGUCCUUAAACGGAAAACAGGCAUCAUUCCAAGGAUGCUGGCUACCAAGGACACCCUUCUGAACAUGUGCUUACAGAGAGGGAAUUACACACAGGCUCAUCAGGUUAUCAAGAUGUUCCAGUUCAAAAAUGAAGCCAAUGUUGCAGAGGUCAAGUUCUCAGAGAACUAUGAAUCAGCUAUCAAACAGCUUCAGUCAGUGGAGAUGAAGUCCAAAGGAGGCAACACAAGUGGGAAACCAGAGAAGCCUGCUGUGAGUAAGUCACCGCUGGGUGCCAUCGCCAGUGCUGCUGCAGCAGGGAUGGCUUCUAUGUCUCUCAACAACAUCGUAGACCAGCUGUUGAAGACAGAGAAACUCCCUACUGUUGUGUGGGCUGAUGAGGAAGAGAUGGCUACAAAGCCCCACAUCUGCUCCCUGAUCAGGAAUGAAAAUGUUCCAGCCAUGAUCAUCUUUGACUUAGCCUGCACUGCCACCAACUCCUGGGAGGUGUCCAGGUCUCUGCUGGAGAUGGCAGACAAGAAAGUCAUGCCUGCAGUCAAGACCCAGGAACUGCAGACGUACAAACUUGGGAAGGAAGAUCAGCACAGGAUCUCCAAGGCUGAGGAGAGUAUCGCUGGCUUUGAGUCUGUCUUCAGACAAAUUGUCGGGAUAGUAGGAAAGGACUCAGGGGAGAGCUCUUCUCUCGUAAGGCCAGAGGUCAAAGCAAAGUUCUUCCAACACAGUGCAAGGGACAUUUUAGGCAGAGGCUCCCAGUCCCUGGAUGGGGAGGAAGUUAGAAACCAGGUCAGCAGUCUGCUGGAGAAGGAGAAAGCUGUGGAGAGACUGGUCAAGGCUCUGUCUGAGGAUGGAGAUAUCCAGACAGGCGAGGGCAAGACUGGCAAGACCAAACGCAGCGCAGUUCAACAGGCUAUACAACACCUGAUCAAAGUGUUUGAUGGCUACCCUGUGCUGUGCAGCAGCUUGUGGCACCUGGAGCACCUGGAGGGUCGUGGGGAUGAGGAUGUGCAAUGGGCAGACUUUCUCAGGAGUCUGUACACCCAUGUCAGCACCAUGACUGCCCUGCUCAAUGAACAUCAGGAUUUGGCCAAGCAGGGAGGGGUCUCCCAGAUUAGGCCUGCCAACCCUUUCCUGGUGCUGUCUGAAGGACCCACCUUCACUCUGGGCAAACUGAUGUUUGACAAGGGAGUGCCACCUGACCAGUUACAGACAGUAGCUGAGCAGUUGCGGAUGGACCUGGUGCAUGUGAUUGUGCAGAGUUGCUGUCCCAGGGUGCCACUCACCACACAGCAGCCGCAAACUUCUGGGGACAUGUGGGUUCUGAAUGCAGCAGACCUGACUGAGGUAGAUGAAAUGGAUCAGAGCAGCACCUCUCCACUACUGUUGGCUGAAGAUUUGCUCAUCCAGAUGGUCAACCUGCUAAAGGCUCAUGCCCAGGAUGGAGUGUUUGACCAGAGGGGAGGCACACAAGUCUGUCAGUCCUCAGACUACCAGGACUUGGCAGCAGCAACUCAACAGUUAGAGGCAGUGGAUCUCACUCUCCUCAGUACUGAUGCAGAGAAACUCUGCUUUUUCACAAACAUCUUCAACCUGAUGUUGGCCCAUGCUGCCCUGGCACAACUUACUGCCAGGCUGAGGAGUGGGAGUAAAGAUGCCUCCUUCAGUUUGUUCUAUUGUAGCAAUCCCCUUGACAGUGUGAUCUGGCUCAGCAGCAUUGCCUAUAACAUUGGCCAGAUGGGAACCGUAAGUGCACUUGACUUAAGAUUCCUGGUGUUGCAUCAUGGGUUGCCCCUACCAUCUCACUACUCCCUACUGAAGGACAGGCUCCAUGGACUGUCUCCAAACGACCCCUGGCAUGAGUUCCUGCCCCCUGCAGACCCCAGGGUCUUGUUUGUGCUGACAGAAGGGGCAGCAUCUUCUCCACCUCUUCAGGUGUUAAAGCCAGAUGAUGUGGAGCUGCAGCUGGAGACAGCUGUAAGGCUGUACCUGGAGACACAGCUGGUGGUGGAUGAAGCCAUCUUACAUGUCAAGAUACCAGAGUUGCUAAACUGGUACAAAGGAGACUUCCUUGGUGUGGACCCUACACCUGAUGACCCUCUCCUGGCCCUGAUGUCAGUACUGGCUGACCACUGUCCUCCCCACCUGGCAGAUGUACUGUGGAAACUGGAGGCCCAGCAGGAACAGUCAGGACAAUCCCAGCCAAGGACCACUUAUUCUCUGGUUCCGUUUGAGGCAACAUUCCAGUAUGUCUUCAUGUUUGAACGGUCCACUGGUUCAAGGCAGGCCAAGGUGGAAGACUCCCAACUUCUGUCAGCACAGGACUCUGUUUCAAGAACAGAUGAACAGUCCUCCAUGUUUAGAAUAUCCAGCACAACUCAGCAAUACUUGAGGAAUAAGUCUCACUUGGUGGCUACUUUAGCUCAGCUUAUCUGUAGACAAAGUGAGGCAUCCUCCCAAGGGGAAAACACAGAACAGCCUGAGGAGCAUCAGGCAGAGGCUGAGGAUCACGAGGAGAGUGCCAAUGACAUCAACCAGACAGUACAGUCCACCACGUUACACAUAGAAGACGAGUUUCCUGUGUUGAACAACUUCAUCCAUGCAAUGGUGCUUCCUCUGUCCAACCAGCUUACAGACAUCUUUGAAGAAAGGACACCAGGUUCUGCUGCCAUCAUUCCCAGUCUUCUUUCUAGUCACACAGAUAAGAAAUUAGCUGGCAAUGUAAAAACACUCCUGCUGCAGCUGUUACAACAGGGAAGGAUGCAGGAGGCAGUAGACAUUGUAGAGAACCAAAGCUCUGUCCUUGAUGUGGAAAAGACAGCCCUGCUGUGUGACUUUGUGCUGUGCUGUGCUGGUACACAGGCAGAUAUGGAGCAAUCUGAAAGCUGGAGAUAUCUCCUCAGAGUAAAGGAUCCAGAUGUAUCUGCUCAUGUGGUUCUGGCCUGUUUGGGUCAGUGGCCUGUGGAUGUCUGUGUGGAACUACUGGAGAUGUGUGCAGGCAGCAGUCCGAGGUCUCCUGCACUGGAGAAGGCAGUGGAGAAGGCACUGCAGGAGAUGAGAGUUUACCAGAGGAUAGUGAACUGUGCCCUGGAAGCUGCCCCGGCUGUGUACCUGGAGGAAGAGACAGGAUCCAGCAGUCUGGAUGCAGAUGUCAGCGCAUUCACCAGGUGGCAGGCUGUAGCAGAGGAGUCUGUGGCAAGCCCUAACAAGAUCCUGGGGAUACUGCUGAGGGCAAAGGACUUCACAACAACCAGGGAGUGGGCAGAACUGCAUAAUGUCCCACAGAGAUUGAAGCAGAUGGUAGAGGAGCAGUAUGUCAUCUCUCUUCUUGAAUAUGGCAAACACAAGGCAGAUACUACCAAAGCGUACCAGGUCCUGCAGAACAUAGGAUCUGAGUCGACCUGCCUCUCGGUGUGUGAGAAUAUCCUCCCAAAGCUGCAGCUGGUUGAGAGUCAGCUGUUCCUGCUGCAGUACCUGCUGGACCACCUGCAGAAUGAGCUGCAGCUGGACAAACUGCAGCAGUUCUGUCUCAGGAAAAUGGGUGCAAAGGCCCUCCUGUGCCUCCCAUCAGGAGCCCGCGGGGAGUAUGACCACCUUGUGACCCAACCUGACCUCAUUCUGGAGCAGCUGCUCAUGAACAUGAGGGUUGCCUGGGCGUCCCAGGUAGUACAGGUGCUCCAUGAGGAGUUGAGGAGGAGUAAAGACAUCGCAGACCUGCGCUGUGACCAGCUGGAUGUCAUACUAGCCAAGUAUGCAGCCAAGGCACUGGACUUCCCUGUGGUACAGUACAGAAACUCAUCAGACUCAAGAAGCGAAACACCUGCCACCCUGUCACCCACCCCCACCCCCAUGGAGAAGACAGUCACCCCCUCUGUCACACCUUCAGCUUCCCCCUCUCUCGUCAGAAAACAUGCAGGGUCUCCAGGGAAAGGUGACAGCAGCAGCCUGUACAGCACCAGUGCCAGCGGCAGGAGCUCGGCCAGCCUCCUCAGCAGCAGUGUUGGACAGAGGAGUCCUGUUCCCAGCAGGAAGGUGAAAUCCAAUGUGGGAGUCAUGGCAGCAUCAGGCUACAUCCUGCCUGAGGUGCCUCCCAGCAGGGCUCAGUGGGUACCUGAUGAGGACGUCACACACUGCAUGGUCUGCAAGUUUGAGCAGUUUGGGAUGUUCAACCGUCGGCACCACUGCCGGAGAUGUGGCAGGGUGGUGUGUUACAGUUGCUCCAGUCACAAGGUGCUGGUGGCUGGGUAUGGAGACAUUCCUGUCAGGAUCUGUGCUGAAUGCCAUGAGCAGUUCUACAGGGGAAGAUCCCGGCCCUCUAGUCCACAGCUGGAGGACAGACUGAAGGCCAGGCUGGCAGGUAUCAGCACCAGUCCUGUGGCAAGUGGUGCAAGCAGUGCCACCAGCGAGGCCCUGGAGCCAGACUUCCACCAGGAACAGCUAGAGCAGCAGUGGAGCUGGAGGCUGGAGUUAGAGGAGGACAGGAACACUGCUGUCAGGGAGGAGUUCUACUAUGAACAGGCACCCAACACAUCCCUGUGUGUGUCCCUGCUGAACCUCCACAGUGAUGACCAGGCUGCAGGCCAGCACAUGGUGCAGCUCAGCCACUCCCUGUCUCUCAACCUCAACUACCCAGAUGUGGACUCCAGUCUCAUUAUUAGCAUGCUGCGCUACCUACUGUUCAAUGCCAAGAUGAAGUUUAUGAAGGCAGGUGAGAGUUCUGGGAUUGAGAUGUGUGACACAUACCUGAGCCAUGUGGAUGUUCUGAAGAUGCUGGCCCAGGCCCACUUCCAAGGCCUGCCCUCCAUACAGGAGCUACAGUCAAAGGACAAGGCCAGACGGCUAAGGGACAGGCUGAUAGAGGAUGAGCGGCUGGACCUAGCCAUGGACUUCUCCACUAAAUGUGGGCUGGACUCUGCUGGUGUGUGGGCAGCCUGGGGCAUGGCCUACCUCAGAACAGGGAACUUCCAAGCUGCCAGGGAGAAAUUCAGCAGAUGUUUGAAGCCCCCCUCAGAUGUGAACAUGAUUAGCUAUAGCUCCAAAAUGCUGACAGGGAUCCUUCAGUGCCUUGAGUCUACCUCCACUGCCACGCUCGCUCCAGGCAGGGACCUGGUCAAGAACCCCUACCUGGGUCUGUCUGGCAGCAACCGGGCAUCCCAGCUGUCUGACCAGGUGUUCCAGGAAUGUCUGUACUACCUGCAGAUGUACGGGACCCACCUGGAUCUCAUCAACUUCUACUACAGCCACAACAAACUGCCCAAGGCUGUCAAAUACACUCUAGAUAAGCACUGCUCCCCAGAAGUGUUCAUCGAAGGUUUGCUGGUUCCCUGCCUGGGUCGAGCUCAGCUGCCCAAGCUACAGGACCAGAUGGUCAUGUUUGAUCCCACCCUGGUGAGGUGGGCCACCUACCUGACUGCUGCCUGCCGUUAUCUCAACAAGAACAACCGCAACUACAGCUUAUACCAGUUCCAGAUCUUUAUGAAGGACUAUGUACGAGCUGCCAUGACCUGCAUCAGGUUCUUCUCAGCCAGAGCCAGUACCUACACUGAGCUCUUUGAUAGGCUGCAUCAUUUAGCUAGUGCCAAGCAGCACCUCACCACUGUCCUUGAGGAACAGCACAGUGAUAGCAUGGGCAGCAAGACAGCUGGUGGCCAUAGCCCAGUACUGACAGGACGGUCAGCUGGCUGGGGAGAGGAUACCGGUAGUAAGGAACCAAGUAUCAAAAUGACCAUGAGCAGACCAGAACUGAACAGACACAUCAACACCAUCACCCUUCAGACGGAUGUGACCAAGUUCCUGCACCGCUGCAUGACCCUGGCACAGAAGGGAGCGUCCAGUGUGGGAGGGGAGACGGCCAGUCCUGGGAACCUACCCUCUCUCUUUGGUAACAACAAGGUCAAGUCUGAGGUGGCAUGUAUGGUCCUGCUUGCUGGAACACACAUCCAGGAUGGGUUUGGGCUUGCUUUCAGGAUCAUCCAGGACUUUCACCUGAAUGCCACCCUAGUGUAUAUCCAGGCCGGCAGGACCCUGGCCAAACAGAAGCAGUAUAAGGAGAUCAGCCAGCUGCUGCAGUGUGUGGAGGAGUCAGGCCUGUCUGAUGAACAGAGCUGGGAUGAGAUCAUCGGAGCUUGUCUCCUGGUGGUGGCUGAUGACCCAGGACAGUCAAAAGAAGCUGAAAGCUUGAUCAAGAGAAUCAGAAGUGAUGCCAACAAGAUCAAUGCUUAUAUCCUGUGUGGAAAGCUGAAGUCUGCAUACCUGAUCGCAGUGCGUGGAGAGCGUGUAGAUGACAUCCGGCGGAUUGCUGGUACCGCGGAGCGCCAUGGCCAGUCUGCGGUGAAGAGUAUUUGUGACAAGUGGCUGCUGGGAUGGGAGGAGAAGAGGCAGAAGGAACGUCAGCAGCAGGAGCUGCUCAGGAACGUCAGGAGAAAAUGACAGAAA